AUUGGAACGCACAGUCCGAUUUGAACAGUUGUCAGGGAACGACGGAUCUCCGCUUUUUUUUGUUGUCUUGGCUGGUCAGCGCAACUUGCGCAUUGUUUCGAUUGGUAGAUUUGGAGCCUUCGCCCGCUGGUGUGCUGUGCAGUAGAAUUUGUGUUUUGAAAGAGGAAGAUCCAGUUUGCCGAAGAACAAGUCCAGAACCAGGGCACGGAUCCAGUGGUCAGUGGUGUGAACUUUAAGCGAAUCAUUGAGUCUGAUUUUUCGACACAAAAAAGAAAGGAAAAGGAGAGCGAAGAAAAAUAUCGUAGCUGCGGGAGUUAGCCGCUUUUUGAGAAGUGUUCUGACCAGAGAAGAAUUUUUUCCAAGUGUUAGGAAAACUUUUGGUGGUGAAAUUGGUACUUUGGCCUAGCGUAUCAUUAGCUGCUGGAAGCGAAUGCUGAUCUACAUCUGCUAGCGGGAAGAAGUUCAAGUUCAAAGUGAUACCGACAGAACGUGAAAAUGAAGUUAUUUUUAGUGAUAUACGUUUUAUCGACGUUCGUACUUAGCAUACAAUGCCGGCCUCAGGCAGUGCAAGCUGCUGUCGAGCAUCGUACCGCGUCGGACGUUCUGAAGUUGCCGUUCUACGGUGGGGCUCGGGGACAAAUUUUGGAGAUCCGUAAGAACUCCGAUGGGACGGUGGUGAGCAAGAUCCUCCGCGGAGACGAUGACGAUAUGGAACUGAAGGUGCACCAGAUCGUCGAUGAGCUAAAGAACAACGAGGAAAUUUUGGCGGAGGAUGAUGAUCUCCGGGCGGCGGAUCAAUCGUUCGGUGAUUAUCUGCUGAACAUCCAGAAAGCUGCUGCUUCACUGGUGACGCUGCAGGAGCAGGUGAAGAAAACCGGAAAAUUAUCGACCGAUCAGAAGAAAAUAUAUGCCGAAAAUCUGGAGAAGCUCGGUGUGGCCGCUCAGAAGUUGGCUCACGUGCAACAGCAGGAUGAUGAUCAUGAUGCGAUCAAAUUUUUGUUCGACUCUCAGUUUGAUCAAUCGCAAAGUGCUGCUGAUGCUCAGAAAAAGAAAACCACGUACAAGAUCACUUCGUUCCCGGGCUACAAGGGAAAGGAGGAAGAACAGCACCACAAGAAGAAGGAGGAAGAGGAAAAUGUCGGCGAAGAGGACGGCUCGGCAUCCCAGAGCGAUGAUAGUGUCCAGGUGAAUUCACCGGAAAAGGAAGCCUCGAUUGCGGAAGCAAAACCAGUUGGUCUUGCCAUCGCCGGCGAAGGGGGAGUCGCGUCAUCCAAGCCCGUGGCCACCGCCGUCGUUGGAGAUGGUGGUCUGGCCGUUGCUCGACCCGUGGCAACCGCAAUUGCCGGUAUCAAGCCAAGCGAACUCGGUUCCCUGGGGUUGCCAAUCACCUUCAACAAAAAACUUGUAACCAAAGGCAAAUAUGGUCUGGUCGCAGCGGAUCAAGACGUUCCGACGGGGCUACUGGUUGGGCCCGGUUUCCAAGAGGCUCGAGUAUCGCAGAACGAAAUCGAAGCCGAAAUCGAUGACGCACGUCAGCAAGCUAUUGGUCACAUGGAAACUCUGGUGCCGGCAUUCGAUACUGAAAAGUUUUUGGCUAAUUUGAGACUGAAAGCAAAGCAACAUCAACAGCUGCAAGAGCAACAGCAACAGUUACAGCAGCAGUUACAGCAGCAACAACAGCACCAAUCUCCUUUGACCGCACAAACUAUUCCCUACCAGCCACAAUCCGUUCUGACGCAGUCGUACCCCUUCAUCAACGAUUAUACCAGCGCUUCUCAAUUUCCGGUGUACAACCCUAGCUAUUCGCCAUACUACAGCUGGAAUCCGUACGUGGCCGCUUAUCAGAACCAACUGGCACUCCUGGCCGCUUAUCAACAGCAACAACAACAACAACAACAACAGCUGGCGUUUCAGUCCCAAUAUAAUCCGUACUUUUUCAGUGCAGCUGCUGCCCCACACUCCUUUCAGCAGUACGAAUAUCCUCAGCGGACUGCCUUCUAUUCCGCUCCAUCCGCCAUCACACCUGCCAGUGCCGCUGCCUACCCAAGCUAUUACAAUUAUCCAUCCUACUCAACCCCAUCGCCAUACAGAUUUUUCUACUAUUAGUCUGCUCAUCAGCAAUCCGGCUACUGGAGAGCCGUACGUUCUAAGGAUCAGCUCGAAUGGGAAGUAAAACAAAAAGACUUGAAACUCAUUCCACCCCGUCGAUGUUGAUUGCCAUCUGUCAUAAAUACUCAACAUACAAACAAACAAAUAAAUAAACAACAUAAUCAAACAAACAAAACACUAUUAUAUACAAUCAGCCAAUAUACGGAAGGAUCACUUUUGUAGAUCAUCCUGAUGAUAACCCUUACGUUGUGAACAGGGUAUUGAUUGGUGAAGAUCUACGAGACCCCGGGGAGCUGACUAAUUUCCGAGGCAAAACAUCGAUGGGAUGCGUGCAGGCGCUUGUGGAAUUCGAAAUGAUACAAAUAGAUUUAGGUUGCUUUCCCAACGAAAUGACAAAUUUGGUGAAAUAAAAUUAAACACAAAUAAGAAAAUAGCGUCUAGUUUGUAAGAUCUUAUGAUCUAAGGUUUAGAAAAUAGAAAAGUUAAUAAAAUUGUG